AUGGCCUUGAGAAACAAGUUUGUAUGCCCAGGCCUUGAAAGACUGGAAAACUACAUCCCAACCCAUCUCACAGUACGAAGCUCUGGUAGCGGCCACUCCGUACACUACAACAUUUCAAACACGCGCUUCAUAAGGCCGGUGGCCGUGACACCCUAA